GUUUGCCACACACAAUUGUUCGAAGGUGCCUUUUUCAUGUUUGGGUUCAAAAGUGAUGGAGAUUCGCUGGGAAGAGGACGAGGUCUGCGGGCCGUUGGUGCGCAAGUUGCUAGACGCUGGCGAUGAUUAUUCCUCUUGGGAAACGCGCGUAUUCCUGCGCCCGAUUUUCCGCUGGAUGAAAACCGGGUUGCACAAGGACGGGAGCCGCGAGGACGAAGCUAUCGAGCGCGCUUUUGCAUUCGUGGAGUGGUUGGUGCUGCUGGCUACACAGGGUGACAUAUCUCGCAACAUUCCCAAACUUCCAAUGCUACAGCCGAGCUAUGCACUCAACACAAUAGUCACGGCCAGUCAACGGGCUGGCAGUGUGAAGGAAGCCCAGCGAGCUUUCGACCUGCUAGAGGUGCACGGCUACCAGCCCGAUGUGUUCACGUACACGGCACUAAUCGACGUCAUUGCUCGGAACGGAGACUUACCUGCUGCAAUUGAGAAAUACGAGGAGAUGCGGCUGUCGACGUCCAAGCCGAACGUGGUGACAUACACGACAUUGAUUCGUGCCGUUGGUUUGGGUGAUGGAGUUGGAGUACAACAGUGCCUUGAGUUUCUGACUCAUGCUCGAGAAGAUGGAGCUUUUGACGAGGCAUUGUUUCUGGAGGCAUUGGAGACUUGUGCGCGUAGGAAGGAUCGAGUCGUAGCGACGAAGGUGUUGAAGGAGAUUGCAACGCACUCACCGAAGCUCCGGUCAGAUGAUCGGUUCUUCCAUACAGUCGGUCAGGUUGCUAAGUUACUGGACUACGAUGGCUUGGAACCGGUUCUUGAUGACUGGGUUGGGAAGGGAGUGUUGACCUCGGACGAACGAGAUCGGGUUGUGAACUUGCAGAUGGAAGAGGGAACGUCUGCUGCUGAUGGCACGAAGACGCUUGGGUGUCUGGGACACCAGACAUCACAAUCUGUUCGGAAAGCUGUGGUUCACCACGACAUUAACCGACUCAUUGCGCGUAUUCAGAGCGGCUCUAUCGUGACUGUCAAUGACUUCGAGACGCUCAUUCAUCAGUGCAGGAAACGGAAGUGGAAAGAGGAUGUAUCGGUAAUUGUCCAGGCGAUGCGCGAUCUCGCAACAAAAGGGUGGCAGCCAGCCAGCGAAGACGAAGGCGAGCCAAUCCCACCUCAACCUCACCUUAAGCCUACGUCCAAGACCUACGUUUCUAUCGUUGACGCGUACAUGUGCUGCGGUGAUGAGCCUCUUGCUUGGCAAAUUGUCCAAGAAAUCGAAGAUCUACCGGAGAUCACGCGGGAGUUGCCGUUGUACCGAAAAUUUGUCCGCGGGGCAUAUUUGCUAACAAAUUGCGACCACAUUGCCGAGUUGAUUGCUCUAGCGCACGAAGACAAGAUCGUGUUUACACAGCGGAUGGGCGUCGAAGUAGCACGUAUGCAUGGAUACCGUCAUUUGGAGGGACUUAACAUUUUGGUGCACGAACUUCCUGUGGGUGCGUCUGGCGUGAAGGCGAAAAGGCAAAGCUUUCUGGAGGAACUGGUGAAAUCUUGCGCCUACAAGAACAACUCGACUGGAGCAGAGGAGGCACUUCGAGCUAUGUUGAAGCACGGCUACCAACGUUCCGCUACCACGGAAAUUGCGUUGUUCAUGUGUUGUAUCCAGCAUGAUACUGUGUCAGAAGCUCAAACAAUGCUGCAGCAUUUUCAAGAAGCCGCGCUAAUAAUGCCUGUGCCAGUGUACGACUCGAUGCUUCGCGAGUUUUACUUUAAGUACACUCGUCGCGGGAACACGUUUGACGAAUCGUCUCGCAAAGUUGCAAUGAAGACGCUGUACGCACGUCGCGCCAUCUUUGAGGAAGUCUUUAAGGAUCGUGAAUCUCUGGAAGCUGAAAAGGAUAUCACACUUAUUACUGGGCCGGAUCGAGAUUCAGCGAGCUUCAGGUAUUGGUGCUCGAAGUCGAACUUAUCGUGCUCUCCGUUGAUGUUUUCGCAGCAUGCGAUGCAAGUCCUUACGACUAGUCGAGACAAGGACUCCAAGGCUGCUGCCGAGCAGUCCAUUCGAGACGCGCUUAUGAUAACUCCUGACCCGUGUCUCUUUCUACUCCGGUCGGUCGUGUCACUACGCUUUCUGGACUUGACGUUCCGAACGCUAGGCAAGUUGGCCAAGCAGCUACUAGUGGUGGUAACAGACGAGCUGCCGAUGGAGGAACGACACGCUGAGUACUGCGUGAGCCAGCUGUCGCUCUUGUCGGUGCACAUUGUGAAAGAGUUGGAUGAUGUCGUGUAUCUGCAUCGCUCGCAUCGCACGGAACUAUUGGCGUUUUGUCAGGAUGCUUUGGAAACGGAUAGCGUUGAUAAGACCAUGGGGUUCUUGAUGCGUCGACCGGAACUGUACGAUGCAGCGACGGCGGCGUAUCUUGGACCGAAAUUCGCCGAGAUGUUUGUGUUCAACGGAGUGAGCAAUGUGCUCAUGUUCUUCAAGUCGGAUAUCGACACUUCGGUGGAAAUGCGUCGUCAAUUCGUUCGAGAAGUGAUCGAGUUGGAGAACGCUGCCGCGGAGGAGGAGGAAGAUGAUUCGUCCAGUUUUCGGUAUACGUACAAGGCUAUUCGAGAGUUCAAGCUGGAACACGAGGCUGAAUUCAUGCCCUACAUGAUGCAGGCUCGCGCUGCAAUGCCAAAACCCGUGUAUGCUGACGCGUCCGCUACUCCUACAGAUGAAACAGCGUAUCUGAAGAUCCCGCUUGCUCAGGAUCACAUCGUGGUGGUAGACAGCGAUGAGGCCUUGUCGUUAGCCACGGAUCUGUUGAUGCGAGACUGUGUGACUCGGCUAGGGCUCGACGCUGAGUGGCGUCCAGAUAGCAGAGCUGCAGUGCCGUCGAAGUGCUCGAUCUUGCAAGUCGCUUGCGACGACUACGUGUUCAUCUUUGACUUCGUGGAGAUGGCAAUCGGUGACUUGGAAGAACUUUUUGAGCACUUGUUCACCUCGGAGAAUAUCGUUAAGAUCGGCUUUGCCAUCGACGGCGACAUCAAGCGACUGCGCUGGUCAUUCCCGGAAGCCAAGUGCUUUGAUAAGUUUGUCAACGUGCUGGACUUCUCGUUUGAAACGCUAGUGGCAACGACGCAUCCGGCUGACGGGACUGUCAUCCCAACUCACAGCGACGAAGCCUCGUCAUCGGAAAUGCUCCAGCGCCGCCGCCGUAGACAGAAGGGACUCAGUACUUACAUCAAGCAGGCACUUGAGUACCCUCUUUCGAAGCUGCAACAGAAAAGCGACUGGGAGCGACGUCCGCUGACACCUCAGCAGGUGGGAUACGCUGCAUUGGACGCAUACUGUCUCCUCAUGCUUCAAGAUGCUGUUGCCAACAAGUAGAGAAACAACGAUAGAGCUCUCAAAUAUAUAGAGAGUUUAUGCAGAUAUCGUACGUAUGAAUGUAUCAUGUUGCAGUGCAACUUGCACGCAAUACUCGUUGACAUG